GCGCGCGCACUCGCACCUCGUCGUAAGAGUUGGGAUUAAAUACUACGUGAAAUUUAUCGGUAGAAGUUUGGUGCUGUCAGGAGGCCAAGACAACGACCGUGACAAGGAACUUAUACCCCUAAAUGGCUGGUAAAGGCACAAUGUCGACUGCUGGCUGACCAACAUCAGCAGGAUCUACCCUUUCCAACAGUGGAUCAGUUUCUGCAAGAUGAGUUUUGAACUUCAAGAAUAGAGAUGAUGAAUCGCUACACCACCCUGAAGCAGCUGGGUGAUGGUACCUAUGGCAGUGUGCUGAUGGGGAGAAGCAACGAAUCUGGAGAACUGGUGGCUAUUAAAAGGAUGAAGAGGAAGUUUUAUUCAUGGGAAGAAUGCAUGAACCUAAGAGAGGUGAAGUCACUGAAGAAGCUGAACCAUGCAAAUGUGGUGAAACUGAAGGAGGUCAUCAGAGAGAAUGAUCAUCUCUACUUUGUCUUUGAGUACAUGAAGGAGAACCUCUACCAGCUUAUGAAGGACAGAGAGAAUAAGAUGUUCUCAGAGAAUGAAAUUAGGAACAUCAUGUUUCAAGUUCUAUCUGGGUUGGCUUUUGUACAUAAGCAUGGUUUCUUUCAUCGAGACAUGAAGCCAGAGAAUCUGUUAUGCAUGGGUCCAGAGCUGGUCAAAAUAGCAGAUUUUGGACUGGCCAGAGAGAUCCGCUCCAAACCUCCCUACACAGACUACGUAUCAACUAGAUGGUAUCGAGCUCCAGAGGUCCUGCUCAGGUCAUCUACCUACAGCUCUCCAAUUGAUCUGUGGGCUGUGGGCUGCAUUAUGGCAGAACUCUACACACUCAGACCUCUUUUUCCUGGAAACAGUGAAGUGGAUGAGAUCUUUAAGAUCUGCCAAGUCCUGGGCACUGUCAAAAAAGCAGAUUGGCCAGAGGGCUACCAACUAGCUUCUGCCAUGAACUUUCGCUUCCCCCAGUGUGUGCCGACUCACCUAAAGACCCUGAUUCCCAAUGCCAGCAAUGAGGCGAUCAGCCUGAUGAAAGACCUGCUGCAGUGGGACCCCAAAAAAAGACCCACUGCUGUACAGGCCCUGCGUUACCCGUACUUUCAGGUAGGCCAAGUACUAGGGCCUCGUCCUCAAAGCCAGGUCAAGAAAGUCCAAGCUCGGCCACUGGCCCAGAAGCAGGUCUCGGAGACCAAGACUGAUCCCCAGCAGUCUUCCUCUGAGUCCAAAGCCUCCACACCCUCCUUCAGAAAUAAUCAACAGCAGCAGCAAAAUCAUCAACAGCCUCUUCAGCAGAUCCCUGUGCCCCAAGCUGAGAAUAAACCAGGAGGUGUCAGCCAUGCAAAAGCAGCGUUGCUGGGCAGUGAGGGCAGCGUUGGUGUUGGUGUGCCGGGGGCCCUGAAGAGCAGUCGUCGUCGCUGGGGCCAGACGAUGGCCAAGACCACAGAUAGCUGGGAGGAAUCUGACCCGUCAGAGACCAUCACCUCCAACUCCAAUAAACCUAGCCUGGGGAACACAGAGGAGGAGAGGAACCCUAAGGAGCACCACUCACAGCCCAAGGAACAGAAACCUCUGUAUUCCUUCAGCACAGUUACCAAGCUGCCCAACAAUGUUAAGCUAGGCCAAAUGGACUACAAUCUUCCAGGAUCAGCUGCACGGCAACACUAUCUCAGCCAGUCACGGUACUUGCCUGGGCUGAUAGGCAAAAAUCAGAUGUCCUCAGGAGAUAAGGAGCUGAGUGGUAUGACGCUGCGGGAUCUGUGGGAGAACUCUUCAAACACUGUAAACAAACCACUUGCACCUAUUGGAGGAGGAUUAUCUGUCACCAGAACCAACGCAGGGAACUUUGUAAGCACCAAGUACAGCCUCUCUGGUGGCUACAUCCCUUCAUUCCAAAAGAAAGAAGUGGGCUCAGUGGGGCAGCGAAUCCAACUUGCUCCUAUGUUGGGGCAGCACACAAACAAACCAAAAGCUACAAAGCCCAAGCCCAAAUCCAACUCAUCUUUGAGUGAAACCAGUGAAGAUUAUGAGGGCUGGAAGAGGAGGACAGACAGGACCCAGAUGAAGGGGAGCAGCUACUCAGCUCUGGGGAAAACCUCUGGAAGUCUCCUGACCAGAGCUCCCACUGUACAGCCUGUCCAUGGCAGGGUGGACUGGACGUCCAAGUAUGGUGGAAAUCAGUAGUUCAGAGAAGAAGGCACUACAACUUCUGCUUGUUGGGCAGCAUUGCCACAGGUACACAACUUUGGCUGAUAAAAUUAAUAAAUGCUUACAUAAAGAUGAUCUUAUACACGUAUGAUCAAGUUUACAUGUGCAUAGUAUCUCUGUUUCAGAGAUGAAGGUUGCCAUGAUGCUAAAUCAAGACUGAUAACUGUCUGCAAGACAAUACCACUGUGUUCCUGAAGGAUCCAGAGUGAGCCAAUACUACUUCUAGCAUUUGGAUAUUCAGAAUAGGAUUUAAAUGUAGCAUAGCUUUUCUUUUUGUUUAACCUUAGUUUUAGUUCAUUUUCAGUUCAGUUUUUUAGUUGUUUCACUACUGAUGCACGAAAUGUUAACAGCCUUUUAUCAACUGAUACUACAAUGCUGCUUUCUCUCUACUUUUAUCCACUAUAGUGUAAGUAAUUGAAAAUUUUCAAUGUAAUGGCUACAAGGAGGAUUAUAUCAACAUAGAAUAUUUUAAAGCAACUUCAAAUGUCUUUCUGUUAUGCAAUGCAUAAACUGAACAUUUUGUAAACCUUUUAUACAAAUAAAUAUAUGAAAGUU